AUCCAGCUUCCUCCACUUCACUCUCCUCAUCUCCUGGGACUCCUUGCUUGUGUGGAAGAUGUCCUGCUCCAGCCUGUGUGCCCCUGCAUGUGGGGUGGCCACCCCAACCCCGCUGGCUGACAGCUGCAACGAGCCCUGCGUGCGCCAGUGCCCUGACUCCACUGUGGUGAUCCAACCCCCGGCCACCGUGGUCACCUUCCCCGGGCCCAUCCUCAGCUCCUUCCCACAGAAUGCUGUGGUUGGCUCAGCAGGCGUCCCUGCCGUCGGAUCGGGCUUGGGUGGCACCUUUGGACGCAGUGCCGGCUAUGGGGGCUAUGGAGGUUUUGGUGGCUAUGGAGGCCUGGGAGGCUAUGGAGGCUUUUAUGGCCUUGGUGGCUAUGGGGGCUAUGGAGGCUUUGGUAGCUGUGGAUAUGGUGGCUGGCGCCGAGGCCACAGGUACCUCAGCGGCAGCUGUGGGCCCUGCUAAGCACAGCACUGCCUCUGUCCACGGUUGAAGGAGAGCUCUGGAGAAGUCCCAGCAAGUCCCCAUCUGAUGCUGUGAGGAAGGGCUCCCCUUCAGCAUUGCUGGGCUCUGUUUGGAUACUUCGUUCCUGCACAGGGCCCAGCAGUGUCCUUCUUUGCUCCAUUUGAUCUUCUCUUGAGGACUGACUUCCCCGUGAUGACACAGCCCAGAUUUGAAUGCCUGCUCCUGUCCCUCUGCCCUCUGCAAGGAGAUGAGGAAAGCCUCUGGCCAGCGGCUCUACUUCUGCAACCUCACUCCACCUCCCGUGGACCUGAAAUAAAAACUCUCUUGCACCGCA